GUAUAUUUGCUGCCAACCAGUGACUAUACGCUCGUUAACGAAUCCUCUUGUAACAGAAUAUGUCUUUGCGGCCUGAAAAGUGAUGUUCAGCAUUUUAUGUUGCGAUUCAUAAAGUCGGGUCGUGUGAAUGUAGAAGUAGUGGGAUUAACAAGCAGUGGUGUUGGUAUACUUUGCGGCAGCAAUGUCACAGCAAAACGUAAUACCAAAUAUUCCAUGAAAAAGCAGAUUCUUGUUAAGGAGAAACCAUCCUAUAACUCUUCGUGUCCUAAAGAUGUUUGUGGUUGCCUUUUGAAAGGGGAUAAGGGCGUAGUCACCAGCCCUUCAUUUCCUGAUAUUUAUCCAUCCGAUAUUAAUUGCGUGUGGGAGAUAGUCGCACCUCCAAAUUUUCAUGUCUACCUCAACUUCACCCAUUUCGAUCUGGAAAAUCCGCUUGAUGAGGAUUUUUGUUUAUACGACAGUAUGAAUAUUCUAAGUAAAACUUUCGUGAACGGAAAACGGAAGGACAAAGCUAGCUACUGUGGAUCACAAUUGCCUCCAAUGAUGAAAUCCGAAGAGAAUCUUAUUAGAAUAGAAUUUACUUCUGACAACUCCAUGCAAAAGAGUGGUUUCUCUGCUGUGUUUUUCACAGAUGUGAAUGAAUGCGCCGUAGGAAAUGGCGGCUGUGAGCAAAUUUGCACAGACACAAUUGGAAGUUACGAGUGUUGGUAACGAUGGUCUCUCUCUUCUUCCUGACGGUCAUAGUUGCAGUAAUGAUAAUUGUAUGCGUAAUGUGACGUCAGACAAAGGCGUUAUCAGAACUCCAGGAUAUCCAAAUGAUUAUCCGGUGAACAAGAAAUGCAUAUGGAAGUUUGAGACUUCUCCAGGACACAAAAUCAAGCUGAUUCCACCUGAGAUACAGUCCACUGCUGAUGCCAUCUUUGUUAGUUUCCGGUCUGAUGAUACCCGUUCCGGAAAAGGAUUUACUUUGGCUUAUUCAGAGAUCUUGAAUGAUUCCUCAAGAAGCAUAUCUUCCGGAAACCUAAGGUGCACCUACUCAAAACUACUCAAUUUUAAGGUUCCGAAAGGGUGUUAAGGAAUUUCAAUUUGUAAUUGUGACAGCUCGUGGAAGU